UAUCCCCCCAUUGUUUAACACUCACUUUGCACCAAUUCUCUCAACUUCAAACCUCUCUCUCUCUCUCUCUCGAUUCAUAAUGCUGCAGCAACUCUGCCGCGGCACCGCCGCUGGGACUUUAGUCCUCGCUGUCCUAUUCCUCGUCAUCGCCACCGCUACGGCUCACAACAUCACUAAGCUUCUAGAGAAGCACCCGGAAUUCUCCACUUUCAACCACUACUUGACCACCACUCACCUUGCGCCUGAGAUUAACCGGAGAACCACCAUUACUGUCUGCGUCGUCGACAACUCCGCCAUGUCUGAUCUCUUGGCCAAACAACUCUCCAUUUACUCUAUCAAGAACACUCUCUCUCUCCAUGUCCUCCUCGACUACUUCGGAGCCAAGAAGCUUCACCAGAUCACUAAUGGAACUGCUCUCGCUGCCACUAUGUUUCAAGCUACUGGCUCUGCUCCUGGUUCUUCCGGUUUCGUCAAUAUUACUGACCUCAAGGGCGGGAAGGUAGGGUUUGGCCUUCAGGAUAGCGACGACAUUGAUGCGAUGUAUGUGAAAUCUGUGGAGGAGGUUCCGUAUAAUAUCUCUAUCAUUCAGAUCAGUAAGAUCUUGCCGUCUCAAGUGGCAGAAGCUCCAACUCCGUCUCCUAGUGAGAUGAAUUUGACCGGGAUAAUGUCUGCUCACGGCUGCAAGGUUUUUGCCGAAACUCUUCAGGCCUCUGACGCUGUGAAGACGUUUCAGGAAAAUGCAAUCGGUGGAUUGACGGUUUUCUGUCCUCUAGAUGAUGUUUUCAAGGCAUUUUUGCCGAAAUACAAGAACUUGACUGCAGCUGGAAAGAUCUCCUUGCUGGAAUACCACGGUUUGCCUGUGUACAAUUCUAUGUCCAUGCUUAAGUCCAACAAUGGCAUCACGAACACCUUGGCCACUGACGGUGCUAACAAGUACGAUUUCGUUAUACAAAACGAUGGCGAAGUGGUCACUCUCCAGACGAAAGUGGUAACCGCCAAAAUCACCGGCACGCUUCUCGACGAGCAACCAGUGGCGAUCUACACAAUCGACAAAGUUCUGAAGCCAAGAGAACUGUUCAAGAAGGAAAUUCCGGCUCCGGCACCGGCACCAGCGCCUGAGACAGAAAAACCUGCCGACGCUCCAAAGGCUCAUUCUCAUAAGCACAAGAAGGGCGCCGCGACUCCAGCAGCAGACUCACCGGCAGAUUCUCCGUCCGACGAAGAUCCAGCAGAUCAGACGACGGACGGCAAUGGUGCAGUGAGACUCAACGGAUGGAGAUUUGUUUUGGCCGGAAUUUCAGGUUUGGCAGCGCUUCUUCUACUGUAAGGUCGUCUUCAAUACAUUUCGCCGGCCCUAGUUUCUUCCUCUUCUUCUUUUUUUAAAUUUAAUUUUUACUUUUUUUUUUUUUUUCUUCUUUGAACUUUGAAUAAUUUCUUUUGUUUUUUUUCUUCUUCGGAAAAUAUUGAAAUUGGUUGUAGUACAUUGCUGUGCUCAUCUGUCUUCUCUAAGGGGUGUUUAUUUAUUUUUUAUUUUUCUUUUUAUUUUUUAAGCAAAGAGAAUUUUCUACGGCUGUGAUUUGCUUUCAACUUUGGAGGGUGGAAGCUUAAAUAUUAUUAUUGUUGUUAAUCGCUUAAUUAAUUAAUGUAAAUUUGAUGUGAUAAUUGUGAUUUGAUAAUGAUAAGCAAGGUCGUUUUCGUCUUAUAA